UGGCGGUGCGCGGGGUGUCUUGCCUGGCCUGGUGCCUCCGCCGUAUUGGGGCUAGCUGCGACUGGCUCCUGCUGGAGGCUGGCACGCAGAUGUGUGUGACUGGGCCCUGAGGAUGCCAUCGCUGGGACAAAUGCAAAGCUGAUUGAUUAUAUGUUUGAAUCCUCAUGAAGAGGGGAGUCUAUCCAUUCGAGUCUCUGUACCUCUUACAUAUGCAAUCCAUGCUGACAGAACACUAUAUGAAACAUUUAAGAGGUGACUGUAGGCCGAGGAUUAGAUAUCACAUACCAGCUGGUGUCAAAAACCUGUCCCUUGAUGAUCUCUCGGAAGCACUGUGUCUUCCAGCAGAAUGCAGAAGGGCAGUGGACUGUCAAGGAUAACAAGAGUCUAAAUGGAGUUUGGCUUAACAAACAGCGCCUGGAUCCAUCAAAAGUCUAUCCUAUUGCUGAAGGAGACCGUAUACAGUUAGGAGUGCCUUUGGAAAACAGAGAGACCGCUGAAUAUGAGUAUGAAGUAAUUAAAGACGAAUGGGAGAAAAUUAGACCCUUUUUAGCCCAAAGAAGUGACCUAGGGAAAACUAAGAGUUCAAGAACUAAACGUAAAUGUAGUUUGGAGGAAUUGGAGACGUCUGGAUCAGAAGGCCCUUCAAACUCCAGAUGCAAAAGAGACAGAAUGUCCUUUGACAAUGAGCCUUCAGAUAAAUCAUGGACAGAGGCAGAAGAGGCCAGACAGCUAACAGAGAAGAUGGAUGCCAAGCUGUCUUCUCCUGGACCCAGUGAGGGGGAUAGUGGUCCAGUGCAUGGUAGCCCUGUUGACUCCAAGAAAGCUGUGACUGUCCCCCAGAUGGACCAGAAAGGCUCUGGCCUUGCAGAGUCAUGGACUGGCUUGAAAAUGCUGAGGAAAUCGUUAGUAGAUACAAUGAAAUUAAAGGUCAAAGUGCAGGAGAAGCAGUCUGAAGUUCUAAAUGUGAAGCAGAAGCACGGGAAGUGUGAUCAGAAGGAGAUCCUUCUGAUGGAACAGGAGCUGCAGGAGUUGCAGAACCAACUGUACAUGGAACAAGAGCAUCAGCAGCAGCAGGUGGAAGAGCUGGAGAGGACAUUCUGUAAAGAGCAGCAGAAGCUAGAGGGAGAAAAGUGUCAGCAAGGAGAAGAGAACCUGAAGGAGCAGCUGGCCCAGGUCUUGCAAGAGCAUCGUGCUUUAAUGGAAGAACUGAAUCGUAAUAAAAAAGAUUUUGAGGAGAUAAUUCGAGCCAAGAAUAAAGAACUGGAAGAAACCAAGGAGGAAAAGGAAAAGGUGAGAGCCCAAAAAGAAGAGGUAUUGAAUCAGAUGAAUGAUGUGUUGGAGAAUGAGUUGCAGUGCACAAUCUGUUCUGAGCACUUUAUCGAGGCGGUCACUCUGAACUGUGCACACAGCUUCUGCUCCUACUGUAUCAAUGAGUGGAUGAGACGUAAAGUGGAGUGCCCUAUCUGCAGGCAGGAGAUCAAAUCAAAGACACGCUCUCUGGUGCUGGAUAACUGCAUUAACAGGAUGGUAGAAAAACUCGAUGUGGAAAUGAAAGAGCAUCGCCUGAACCUUAUCAGAGAGCGGAAAGAGAAACAGAAUGUGAUGGCGAAACCAGCCAUAGACAAUGACAACAGUGUCCCUUCUUUCACCAACUCCAUCUUGUCAAUGAGCAGUUGUGACAAUGAGGACUCUGAGGAAGAUUCUUCCUAUAGUGAAAGCUACUAUGUUAUCUGAACGUUGUUACUGAAGACUCAUUGCUCCUGUGCUGCCUAGAACCAGCCUAAUGGUGUUUGGUUGACUGCUGCUGGAAGAGUAGACUGGGCACCUGGAAGGACCUGUUAAGAGUCUAGAGCUGUAAACUAGGAGCAUUUGGAAGAAGGAUCUUGUUUCCGAAAUGAACGCACAGAAGCUUGAUCUCUAAAACAAAAUUGGGUUUGUGAGAGAACAGACUGCCAUUACACUGGCUAAUUGACAUACAAACCCUAAACUUCUAUGUUAGGUUGUGACCUGCUUGGUGUAAUGAAAUAGUUUGUAUUGCAUCAUUGUUCUUUCCUUAGUGAAUUACAUGUUUACAUCAGCAUCCCUUAUUUCAGGCAGCAGAGGGAAUGUCCCAAGCCUUUUGGCCAUCCCCACCAGCAGGCGGGAGACAGGGAUAUCAGGAAAAAGUGACAGUGUGGGUUUUCCUCUUGAAUUUCAUAUGCCAACUAGAAUCAUCCCAGGCCUUUGGCAUUUAAAGGUAAUAAAGGGUGGGAUAUGGACACUGUUGACUGCAAAUGCAUUUUAAGCUAGCUGCUGGUCUUUGGCUUGCUCUGUUUAUGUAGCCCAUUUUCCAUUAGAUAGGGACAGAUGAGAUUAAAUCUUCCAGAAGUCUUCAGGUAGUGUUCUUUUCAUGUAGUGUCUUUGGUUUGUUCCUUCUUCCGGCUUUUGCAUAAAGGGUUUUAGAACUGGGAAGCAGUACAUCCAGAAAUUUUUAGCAGUGACUUUAAAAACAUAUAAUCAGCAGCAAGAGAGGAACCUCUGCCUUUUCAAGUGUGCUGCUCUCCAAAUUAUUGAAAUGUCCUGUUUGCAGAGUAGUAAAGCAGCAUCUGUAGACAACCACAAGAUACAGGAUGAAGCACUUUGCUUUAUUGUUUACAAGACAUAACUGCUGAGCUGUGAUUUGUACUACCCUCACGGCAAAUUACUCGUUCAUAAGAAACUGAUCAAGUCUUGCCUCAUUGUAUCAUGUAUUUGUCUAUUGAGUUCCAUUUCUGGUGACUUAUGCUUAUGGCUUAGCUGUUACAUGGAAAGGACUCUUACACUGUGAGAACAGAAUGGGGAAACCCUUCUCAUCUGUAAUAUUUCUGUGGCUCUUUUUAAGUACCUUUUUGUUUGUAUGUUUAUUUUGUUUAAGAAUGAAAAUAUAAAUCCAUUUCUGCAUUAGUCUUUGGUGCAGCCACUGA